AUGAUAAUUGGAAAGAAGGAAGAAUAUAUAAAUACACCGGAAUUGUUAACAUUAUUCAGAGACAAAGAUGGAAAUAAAUUUUAUUGCGGUGAGUUGAGCUGUCAUUUCAAACAUUGAGUUUUGGUUUUCUUUUUUUCGUGAGCAAAAACUGUCAAUUUGUCCUGAACAGAACGAAUUGAAAAGUUUAGUUUAGAUCUCAAUUUUUCUAUUCCGAAUACAUGUAUAUUUUAAGAAACUAAUUGUCCUUUUAAUAUGAUGGCUGGAUGUGAUUUCAAUUCGACAGAUUGCACAAUGAGUUUUGAAUGCGACGAUCAUUUUCUCGGUGGUAUAAACAUCUCAAGUUAUCAACAAAAAAUCAAUGUUUUCAGUUAAAUCAAAAUUAUGUUCUCCUCCACUCCCAUAUUUGACAUACAAUAAUUAUUAUUUGAAUUUUGAAAGAAGUACAAUUGGUAAACAUCGAAUUGAAAAUCCACCAUUCAAAGCAGUGGGUUCAGAUUAUGGAAUCGAAUGUAAUGAUGGAAAAAAAUGUCCGUCAGAUUUGUAUUGUAGUGAAAUUUAUCACAUGGGAAUGGCUCAGAAAUAUCCAAAUGUGUCAUUUUGUGUUGAAUGUGAGUGUUUGUGAGAUAAACUUCAGUGACAUAUGUUCAGGGUUUAGGCGUCUAAUUAGAUGCUAAUUUUUUUCAAAUUUUAUCAGUUUUUUUUGUUCAGAUCCAACAAAAGGGGCACAACUUUUUGGAAAAAUGAAGACGUGUGCAAAAGAUGGAGACUGUGAAAAUAGAGGGACAUGUAAUUUGAAGAAUUUGAUCAUGAAUGAUCCAUUGCAGAAAGGAUUUUGUGAGCACAAAAAAAUUUGUGUAAUUGGAAAACCCUUUGGUGGCAUAAUUUGUGGAAGCGGACAACGAUGCCCUGGAAAUGCUUGGUGUGAUCUUGAUAAGAAAGUUUGUUGUUCAGGUUGGUUGGAAAACGGAAAAUUGUAUUUAAAAAAUUUAAAAAAAAGAAUAUUUUUGAAAAAUAUUUCGAUUUGAAAUUCGGAUCAGGAAUAUAUUUUCCUAGAAUUUUUCUCACAAGGAAUGAUCGAGGAACUGCCUAUUUUUCACUAGAAAUUUUCCCGAUUUUCAGGAACUCGGGAAAUAAAUUUUUAAUCAAAAAAUCGUUGGAAUGCUAACUUGAAACUUCUAAUGUUUCUGUUUUCAGAAGACCCAACAGAAAUAACAGAGCUCCAUUAUUGUCCAGAUGGUGUGACACCAAUUCAACAAGAACCGAAUUGUAGUAAGGUUAAUGAAGUUAACCGAUGUCUGAAAACAGUUGAUGGAAGAUUGAGAGCAAAAGAGGGAAUUUGUUGGUCGGGAAGAUGCUGUCCAAAUUGUGAGUUUUUUACUUCUUGAUGGAACUGUGCUAUUUGUGAAAUUAGGUUCAUUUAGUUGUCAUAUCUAGAAUUCACUUUUUUUGGUGUUUUUGAAACCAAUUUCUUCUAGUGAAAAAAAGGAGAUCGGGAUAAAUAUGAAAUUGGUGAUUAUUCGUAUGAAUCUAACAUGAUGUGUGAUCCUCUUCAACCACUUCCAUUGAAAUAUGUUUAUAAAUGGUGUGAUUCGACGACUAAAAAAAUAUUCACAGUUGGAGUUUUGGAUGACUUCAAUGUGAAACUUCGAACAACUCGAUGGAAUUGUAAAACAAAAGCGGAUUGUAAAGGAAAAAAUGAUAUUUGUUUGAAUAUUUCGAAAAAACGAAGAGUUUGCUAUAAAUCACCGAUUAAUCGAACUCAGAAUCAAAUUCGUUUUCGAUUUUAUCUCCGAUUUCUAGUUCCGAUUGCGGUUAUUAUUGGAUUGGCAAUUGCGGCUGAAUAUUAUUUCUGA